CUUUUUAACUGGGAAGGGUUUUUCUUUUUUUUUUUUUCCUUCUUUCUUCCCAGUUUGAUAUAACCUAAAGAAUGAGAGCUUACAUUUACGAUUCAGAGGAUACUGCUGACCAACGUGCAGCCCAUGAUACCGGCAUUGAAAAGACUGUCGAGGAUUUAGCUAAAGUCGGUGUCUUGUACUGGCGCAUUGAAGGCCCUAAUGGCAUUGAGCAAAUUGAUGAAAUUGCCAAGAACAGAAGCUACAAGAACCGAGACACUAUUGUGGUAUCUCCCGAGGCUAUGGGCCCAGUGUAUGAAGAAAAGGUAAAGUCGUUCUUUGCCGAACAUCUUCACGAGGAUGAGGAGAUCCGUUUUAUUUUGGAUGGGUCUGGGUUCUUUGACGUGCGUGAUCAAGGUGACGUUUGGAUCCGUAUCCACUUGGACAAGGGCGACAUGAUUAUUUUGCCUGCUGGUAUCUAUCAUCGUUUCACGACAGAUGAAAAUAAUUACAUCAAGGCUAUGCGAUUAUUCAAAGAAGAUCCUUUAUGGACUCCUAUCAAUCGUCCAAUUGCCGAUGAUAACAAAUAUCGUGUAGAAUAUGUCAAUUCAUUUAACAUUACUGCAUAAAAAAAAAUGUUUUUUUUUUUUUUUAUUUCAUCACAAAAAAGAUUUUUUAUUUUUUUAUUUAGACAUC